AUGAAUGCUAACCCUAAAGAUGCAUUCUCUGUUUCCUUAUCGAAAUUUCAUCGAAAAAGUGUUCAUUCUCAAAUGGCAAACACAAGUGGGUCAAACUAACUUAGCGAUGUUCCUAAUACUCCGCUUCCAGAGUUAAAGGUUAGAGGAUUGCAGAGUGCAAAAAUUAAAGCAUCCCCGAAAAGAUCUCCACAUGUUUUAAAAUUUUAUGUACAUGAUGCAUAGUGUAUACUCAAUGAUCCUAUAAAAAAAGCUAAUGUAUAAUUUAGUUUUAUUUAUGGAUAUAGAGAAGAUAUGAAAACUAAUCUGAGUAUGUAUUUGUGGACACUUACUUAGAUGCUUUACAUAUGAUUGCUUAAGAAGAGAAGAAGAACAAAUACGCCAAUGGACAAACCAUAUAGUCUGAGGAAUUUUCAGAACAAUAAAUUUCAAUAAAUCCUUAACCUACUUUGCCCAAUCUGCCAGCUUAAUUGAUAAGAGAAAGAAUGAGAGUUUACGCCUAAAGCUAAUAAAAAGAACCUUAAUCUAGUAAUUCUUAAUACUGAUAUAUUAGUAGAAUCUCAAUUAGCAUAGAGGUAACCCAAAAAAGUAAUCAAAACUGCAACAAGUCUAAUGACCUAAAAGAUUUUUCCAAACAAACUUACCGUAUCAUUAUCAGUUCAUUAAGCAAUUCCUGCUAUUAAAAAUAAAGUCAGCGCUAAAAGAUGGGUCAUGUUCACGAAAUAAAAGAAUGAAAAAUUUUUUAAUAAAUAAGUUGGCUGGCAAGAAUUUUAAAAAGGGGAAGUAGCCAGUAUUACAAAAAUAAUGACCUGUUAUACCACCUUAACAUAUUUAAAAGAAUGCAAUAUUGAGCCUGAAUAAAUCAAAAUUAAAAUCCCAGGCCAUGCUGAAUGCAUUGAUGGAACUAGUGCCUUUCUAAAUGCAGGAGGCAUUUUAACAAUUAAGCAAUUGCUAUUCGCUCUUAUGUUACCUUCUGGAAAUGAUGCAGCACUUGUUUUGAGUUUCACUAUAGCAUAUUUGAUGAUAUUGCAGAAAACAGAGAUUUAUUAAUAUAAUAGGUAUUUGAAAGGUGCCAUUAUCGAUAUAGAACCACAAAUUGAAAGAAACAAGAAAUUGCUUAAACAUACAUUCCUCGAUCAAAUGAAUAAGCACGCAAAUUCAAUUAAAAUGGAAAACACGAAUUACUCAUCAGUACAUGGUUUGAAUGAUGAAAAGAAUGUCUCCUGUCCUCAUGAUAUAAGGUAUGAGUAUUUCAAUCAUAUUUAGUAAAUUAAUAGAAAAAUGCAUUUAAUUGGAGGUAUUCCUAGAAAUCAUAACAACAAAAAUAUUUAAGACUCACGCCUUAACGGAUAAAGGGAGCAAGUCAACCUUUUACAAAUGGAAAAAUACAAAUAAAUUACUUAAAAAGUCUGGCUGGAUGGGAGUGAAGACAGGAGUGACUCCUAAUGCAGGACCAUGCUUUACAGGAUAUUAUAAAAAUGAGAAUCUAGAAGCAAUAAUUGUUGUUUUAAAUUGUUCUUCGAUGAACUAAAGAUUUAGGGAUGCAGAAGUAUUACUCGUCUCAGCAUUAAAAUGA